AUGCGUGCGCUAAAGAAGGAUAGACAAGACUACGGCGAAUUCGGCCCGUUCUUCGUCAAUGCAGGACCACAGUCAUUCCUGAUUGUGCGAGAUCCAAAGCACGUCGAUAAAGUCUGUAAUGCAUCCCGCCAAAUUACGCCAACAGCCUUCCAUCUGGAGCUAUUCGAUAAGGUGUACGGUUUGCCAGCAGCUGCUCUAAACCUCUACGCGGGGAAAGCCGGACUAGAAGCUGAUAUCAAAGACCUUCAGUACGCACAUGUCGCUCUGACCGAGAAGCACUUUACUGGGGCGAUGUUGUUGAACAACGCCGAGACCUAUGUCUCAAUCUUGUCACAAAAUCUCCACGACAAGAUGUUUCAAGUGGGCAGUUGGACACAGAUUGAAGAUACUUGGGCUUUCUUCCGCCAAGUGGUCACGCGCUGUAUCCUGGUCUCUAUCUUUGGCUUGGAUCUCUUCAAGCAGUACCCCAAUGUCAUGAAGGACUACUUGGAGUUUUCUGACACAAUUGAAGGCUUCGUACCAGGUUUGCCACGUUAUUGGGUCCCAGGAGCGGCGAUACAAGCCCGAGAUCGCCUACUGCUUGGCAUCCAGAAGUGGUUGAGAGCGAACCUCGGUGGUUCAGAGUCUGCAAGAAUCGCUGACGAAGAUCCGACGUGGGAUGCAAUGAAGGGUUCGAAGUUUUUUCAAGAGAGAAAUCACGUCCUUAGCAACAUCGACGUCUUGGAUAUGAAAGCGCGUGCUACAGAAGCUUUGAGCAUUAUGCAUGAGUAA